UAUUUUUGAGAGAGAGACCGAACAUGAGCGGGGGAGGUGCAGAGAGAGAGGGAGACACAGAAGCUGAAGCAGGCUCCAGGCUGUGAGUUGUCAGCACAGAGCCGGACGCGGGGCUUGAGCUCAUGUACUACAAGAUCAUGACUUGAGCCGAAGUCUAAUGCUUAACUGAGUCACCCAGUCGCCCCUGGACAGGUAAUUUUUAUUCACCAAAUGAUUCUUUAUUCUUGUUUUAAAGAAAGCCAAAGAGAGAGAAUGCCCUCUGCCUAGAAUUAACCACCUAUGAAUAAUAGUUUUCAUUGUUUAGGAUUUUGCAGUUUGCGGAAUAUUUUUUUUACCUGCCAUUUUUUCAUCCCACAAAUACUGCGUACCUUUUACAUCCCUGUUUUAUAGAUGAGGGAACCAAGGAACAAAUUAACUAAAUGCUUAAAAUCACAAGCAGAUUAUUGACAGGACUAAUUAAAAUUAGGUUCCCAGACUGCUAGUCCUGUCCAAUAUAUUAACAUGACCCCAAGUCAACUUUGUGUAUACAUCAUGGUAUAUAAUGUAUUUCUUAGAAGAUCUACCCACAGUCCACUAGUUUUGUUUACCUUAAUAAUAUUGCUCUAUUUUGUGACCUAUAGUAACUUCUUUUUAAGGGCAUUUUCAGUGCCUGGGGAAAUGUAUAUGUGCUCCGAAGUGCAGCCAGGCGUAUACAUGUGCAGGUGCACAGGGAACAUGCACCCUUAGCCUUCCUAUUUAGUCUGAGCAGGAAGGAAUUGAAACUUGAUGCCUGUGCCCAGAGCACAUUCUCUAACAUUCUGGCAUGGUUGUGUGAUUCUAAAAAUGAUGUUCACACCCGGGCAGGUGACCUAAACAGUCCGCGGCCUCUGCGUCACAGGACAUUACAGCUGUGAAGUCUUACAUAACUCUUGGCAUUGAGGUUCAAAAAUGGAUCACUUUGCUCACAUAGUCUUCACGGACCUGUCCGAGUGGUUUAUAUUCGCCUACUGGCUCUAGCUCUAUUCAUGAGACACGCUCAUGGAAUGUUCCUGCUGUUCUUCAGCCCCCUUGUUUACAGGCAUUCCAGCCUCCUUGCUGUAUACCCAGAGGCUCCCAAAGCCGCAGCUGUCAGGAUUCUAAUCCCUUCCACAAGGACUCGCUGCCAUUGUAUACAGUAGCAAACUGCGUGCUUCUGGGCUCGCCUUUCAUGCACCCUCAGUGGUCUCUCCAGCAAAACAAAAGUUGUGGAUGAUACUUUUUAAACUUCUAGAAACUCAGCCCACCCGUUUAGGUAUGUCUGGAUUUCACAUUUAAUAAAUGUUGAGCUUUAGGCAGACACGUGUAAUAAACACUGCGUCUUUUAGUGGAAGAGGAACGAAGUCGGGGACAGAACGCGUGGCCACUGUUGCUGUUGUUUCACCAGCGACCCCGGGGAUGUCAUUUGACUUUUUGUUUUCUUUGUCAACUGUAGGGAAAAUAAUUGGUCUUCUAACUUAUUGAGGCAUACUGCAAAGAAAAAUGUGGUGGCUGUGAAAAGUGAUUGGGGAUCCCCGGAAGAACGGAGUGCUGUAUAACUCCAUGGUAUUACAGGGAUUACGUAUGAUAGGAGCCAAAACUGAGAUGAAAAACAUCAAAUCAUUUCUUCCCUAAAUUGGAAUAACAGCUUGUUUCAGCUUGUUCACAGGAUAUGCUCUAUUUGAGAGGCACAGAAUAAUUAAUUUUAAACAUAUUUGGUUCUUCAAAGUAGAAGCUACUUAAAAAGCCCAUUUGGUGGUUGAGCUAUUAGAACCUGGGUACUUCCUACUAAUACGGUGAUGGAAACAAGUGAACUUUAUAUCUACUGCUGUUUCAGAUGAAAACUGUGGUUUUCACUACACUGAACAAAAUCCAUUUUCUCCCAAUGUUUUAAUCACCUCUUAAAUGUUAAGAUUGCUAUCUGACCAGUCAGUAUAAAGAUGAUGCCUUUUUUUGUGAUAGCUAAGGUAGUCCCUGGUGAAGGAUGUUUUCUUUCUCCAGUAGCUUCUAAAACUUCUGACUCUUCUCUGUCCGAAUUUUUAUUUGUAUUGCAUAGAUUGUGUUUUGGUGGUCUAUCUUAAAUCCUGAUUUAUCAAUAUAUGAAAUUUUAAUUGAAUUUUCUAUACUAGAUUUGCUGUUACUUAAGCUUUAUUAGGUAAAUAUAAAAGCACUUAACACACUUUUGAAUUAUUACCAUUUGAUAUUUUAUUAUAUUAUUUGCCUAGUUUUCAAGAAAUGAUCAAGAAAACAUCAAUAUAUAGCCAUCCAUUAGUUCAUCACUUAAUGGAUCCAGGAACUCAAAAAGAGAAGAGAGAUGAUGACAGCAAGAAAGUGGUUGCAGAGAUCAUGGCAAGAUGUUUUGUUCCAAGUUUAAUAACAACCACCUCCUGGGAGGGAUUUCAUUUUGUUGGUCAUGAGAUUCGGAUUACUGAAGCCAUGGAUUCUUACGGUGCUGUUGUUUGGCCAUCGGCCCUUGUUCUAUGCUAUUUUCUGGAAACAAAUGUAAAGCACUAUAAUAUGGUUGACAAAAAUGUGAUUGAAAUUGGAGCUGGAACAGGGCUGGUCUCCAUUGUGGCAAGUUUACUUGGUGCACAUGUGACUGCCACAGAUUUACCUGAAUUACUUGGAAACCUGCAAUAUAAUAUUUCCCGAAACACCAAAAUGAAAUGUAAGCAUUUGCCUCAGGUUAAAGAACUCUCCUGGGGUGUAGCUUUAGAUGAGAACUUCCCCAGAUCUUCCAACAAUUUUGACUACAUCCUGGCAGCUGAUGUUGUCUACGCUCAUCCUUUCCUGGAAGAACUCCUCGUUACCUUUGACCAUCUGUGCAAAGAAACUACCGUCAUCCUCUGGGUCAUGAGAUUCAGGUUGGAGAAGGAAAAUAAAUUUGUAGAUAGAUUUAAGGAGUUAUUUGACCUGGAGGAGAUUUCCAGUUUUCCCAGCCUGAAUAUUAAGUUGUAUAAAGCUGUGAAGAAAAGCCGGAGGAGUGCAAGGAAAGGAAAGGUGGUUUCCAGAAGAGUGUUCCUUUAAAGAAGACCCUGGAUGAUCUGAUGUAGCAGUGACUUUCCCAAGUCACUUGCCUCAUACACUUGCCUCACCCCAGACAGGAAUUUUCCCACAUAUAGCACCUGAGUCUAGAAGAUGGCUAAGCCGUACCGUGUGGUCAUUGGUUAGGACACAGUUGACUUUUCUUAUCCCUCAAUAGCACCAUUUAUUAUUAUUAUCAUUUUAUUAAAUGGUACUAUUGUUUUUAAUGUGUAAUUGUAGGAUAAUUUUUAAUAUCUCUAAAAUGAACAUUGCUAUUGCUUUAGACAUGAGCUUAUCUGAUUCUUUAGAAAUAAAGAAAUGGAUUACAAUGGGAUCUGCAAGUAAAUCUGAAAAGGCAGAUACAUAAUAUAAUGGUAACUAGGAGAUUAAUUUUGUGGUUUUCCUUAGUGCCACCUUAUAGAUGGUCUCUCCUUGGCAGGGUAGGCCUCAAGCACAACCUCUGAAAUCAAUCAUGCAUGUGGAGCUGAGGUUACAGGCAAGGACAUUUCAUUCUAGUAAAUGAAAAAUGACGGGAGGCCAGCAUUAACACAGUUGAGAUUUUGGAGAAGUAAUUGUUUAAUUUUCAAGCCAUGUACAGUUAUGUUGUAUCACAGAGAGAGAAAUAAAUAUAAAAACUUUGGGUUGAAAAUACACAUGAAAAGAUUUGGGCUCCUAAACUCAAAUCACCAGAUACAGGGUUGGUUUUAAAGUUUAAAGCUUUUCUGAUGCACAUAUAUAGACCUGGAUACCUGAAAUCCUAUGUGAUUUUCUUCACACAGACCUUAGAGAUUAGAACAAAGACCGAUGUAAUUAAAGUCAGUGCAAGGAGGGUAAAAAACGAGGAUUCUGUACCAGUGGUUCAGACUCCAUUGGUUGGUGGUUAUCACUUUUGUGAUGUUCCUCAGGCUGGUACUUCUCCUAAGCCCAGCCCUGUGCUUUGCUGGAAGUUGUCAGCCACUCAGGGUCCAGCAGAGCUGACAGAAGGACUUCCUAGGGUCCUGAUGUCUAAGAAGGAGGCUGAUGUACUCCCAGUGGGUUUUUGGCUGUGCAGCCCACAGGGCUGUCUCCCAGGGACUCCUGACAUUUAUGUGGUCUUUUCUGGUUUCACAGUCCAUUACUACAUAAAGUUGUGUGAUCCUCAGAACUUUUCUAGGAAGUCUAGGGACUAUCAUUAUCCCUGCCUCACAUGCAGCCUUGCUGGAGCUGUGAGGGUGGUCACCUGCCCCAAGCACACAGCUCCAGAAGGUGGGCCUCAGACCCAGCUUGUCUGAGAAGAGGGCCUGUGUUCUUUAAGUUUAUUUAUUUAUUUUGAGACAGAGAGUGAGAGAGAGUGAGUGAGCAUGCGUACAUGAGCAGGGGAGGGGUAGAGAGAGAGGGAGAGAGAGAAUCCCAAGCAGACUCUGCACUGUCAGCACAGAGACUGACAGGGGGGUCGAUCUCACAAGCUGUGAGAUCAUGAUCUGAGCCAAAGUCAAGAGUCUAGACGCUUAACCGACUGAGUCACCCAGGUGUCCCUAGGGCCUGUGUUCUUCACAACUGCACUGCUUUUAUGUAUUUAGAACAGCAAUUUUCAAGCUCCUUUGUAAAUGGGUGAAGUCAUCUCUUCAAAAUGGGAUCAGUCCCCAGAAAGGUAAGCAAAGACAUUAGGAGAAGGAGAACCGCCCUUCCUUAUAUUUUUCCUUGUUUCUUGCCUUAACUGGGUGGUUCGUGCAGGUGCAUUUGGAAGGUGACAUUUAAGCAAAGCAGGAAGGAGGUGAGGGAAGAAGCGGUGCAUAUAUCCAGGGAAGUGUGUUCUACGCAGAAGGGGCAGCCAGGCCAGGACCUUAAGACAGGAGCGUGCCAGUCCUUGAGCAGAAACAGCGAAGGCCAGUGUGCUUUGGAGCAGGGCGAGGGGGGACGCUGGUUAGUCAGAGGGGCUGAGGGGGCCAGGUCACGUCUGAUCGUCACUGCAGGCUGGCUUCUUCAGAAGCAGACUCUGAGGUGGUGUCUUGUUCACCAGUUCUUGAUCAGGGGGUGCUUGUUGGUAUCUAGAUUUGUGGAAAGGGGUGGGACAGAAGGUCGAGCUGCAGUGCAGGCCUGGCCCCUUGGGGCCCCGAACUGAGAAUGGCCUGAAUGGCCGUGUUGGGCCUUGAUGACUCCACAUCACUCAGUCACUGGAUGCACGCUGCCCUGGGAAGGCUCUGUGACCUCAUGUGAGGUGACCCUUCGGCAUCCCCAAGGAUGCUGACAGCUGAGGUCCGUCUACUGCAGCACUUCGAGCAGCCAGGUAAGAAGUUUUCCGGAAGGGGACUUGGGCAACACAUCACAGUGUGCACCACUGCCUCUAGGGCCACUGAAAGCACUUGGGCUUUUUUCCAGUGAAGUGGAGAAUCGAUGGAUGAUUGCAGUAGAGGGAGACAGCAUCAGUCCGGGUGAGGACCACGCUGGCUGCCGUUUGGAGAAUACUGUGAAGUGGCCAAGGGACCAGUUAGGAGGUUGUGGCAGCCGUCCAGGUAACCAAGAGGGCGGAGCCCGCAGCAGGAAUGAGCCCUAGAGGUGGUGAGAAGUGGUCAUUUGUAGAAGCAUUUGGAAGCCGGAGCCAACAGACAUUCCCUCCGUGCCAAGGAGUCAAAGGUGAUUCUAAAGUGUUUGAACCCAGCUAUUCGAUGUAACGUUAGAGUCCUCAGCUUAGAGAUGGUUUGUAAAGCUCGUUCAUGGAGCAAGAGGAAAGAGAAGAAGGCAGGGAUGGAGCCCCGAGGCUGGCCAACAUGAGGAGCACACAUAGGUGUGUUUGGGAUUUAUUUGAGCUUGUGCCCCUCACCCACAAGUUAUGAUAGUAUCUGUUGACUCUUGAAACCACAGCAGUUUCAAACGGGUCAGCGGAGUUCCAAAUCUCCUCACAGCUGACUCGCGAGCUUCUAGGAUGGUUUUAGCUGUGGUGGCAGGAAUCCAGGGCUAACACGUGAAUACAAUGGCUCCUCUGCUAAAUGUUUGACUAUCACUACCCAGCUAUUUUUAGGUAGAAUAGAUAAAGUGUCCUUCUUUUCCAAGACCGAGUUAGGACCAAGCCAGCCAUAUGGUUCUUCUUUUCCUAAGUGUCAGUCUGUCAAAUGCAACGUUCCAUAGCCAUUGUUUUAUUCUGUUUAUAGCAUUCACUUGCAAAUUUUAACACCCACCCACACACACUGUGUGCCUGUCUACUUUUAUCUUUUUGCUUUAGGUUCUCCACACUUGUCUAGAUUCAGUUUCAUAAUAAUUUGAUUUCAAAAGAUGUCAUUUGAGGAAGUCUUUUCUAUCUUACAAGUUUAUUUUAUGGCUAGGAGUUGAUUUGUUAACUUUAGUCCAAGGUAGUUUAUGAAUUUUGCCUUUACUCCACUUUUUCUGUGCGUGUGUGUGUGUGUGUGUGUGUGUGUGUGUGUGCUGUUUUUUUGACAAGUUAAACUAUGCUACUGAAAACCUAGUCCAAUUCUUGCAGUGACUUUCCAGAUUUCUAAUAGAAUAAACACACUGUCAAGGUUUUAAUAGAGGGUUAUCAUAGAAUAGUUGUUGCUUCACAGCAGACGUACCAACUUGCUAGCGAUUCUCUGCAGCUUAAAAUUUACGGGGGCACCUGGGGGGCUCAGUCGGUUGGGUUUUUGACUUCGGCUUAGGUCAUAGAUCUCGCCAUUCAUGAGUUCAAGCCCCACGUCAGGCUCUGUGCUGACAGCUCAGAACCUGGAGCUUGCUUUGGAGUCUGUGUCUCUCCCUCUCUCUGCCCCUCCCCCGCUCACACUCUGUCUCUGUCUCUCUCUCAAAAAUAAAUAGACAUUAAAAAAAUUAAGAAAAAUUUACAUGUUACACACAGGUAAACACAAAAAAUUGCUGUGCCCCAGCCAGUAUCAAUUGACUUUAGGAAACUACAUACUAUACAAAAAUCUUCUAUUUUAGAAUUUACUGAUAUGUCCUAUUUCACUUGUGCCAAUUUUUGUCAACCAGAAUUAAAAAAAAAUUGGUUUCUAUUCCAUAUUUAUAUUCUUUUUUUGGGAUAAAGAUUUGUGGUAUUGGGUAACUUCUGAACAGAUUUGGAGCCAAUGGUAUAAAUUCAUUAUUGUGGAAAAAACAGGAAAGGAAACAUAACAGAAUGUUCCUUUAUUUUAUUUUAUUUUAUUUUAAUUUAAUUUUUUUAAAUCCUUGGGUUCCAGGAGCAUGAAGUUCUCUGUAAGUGCCUGGUCUUUGUGGGCAGAGACCGUUUCCAACUUGUUUUAGUUGUUUUAUUUUUUUAUUUUAAAAUUUUUAUUUUAUUUUUUUAACGUUCAUUUAUUUUUUGAGAGAGAGAGAUCCAGGGCGAGCAGGGGAGGAGCAGAGAGAGGGAGACACAGAAUCUGAAGCAGGCUCCUGGCUCCGAGCUGUCGGC